AUGGCACCAUUCGGCAAGAUCUACACAUAUACGCCUAGCCCUCGGGUUAUGAAGGCCCAGGCGGCUGCCAACCUGAACGGCCUGGAGCUGGAAAUCCCGGAAUUUGCCAUGGGUAAAACCAAUCGCACCGAGGAUUUCCUGACCAAGUUCCCCCUGGGCAAGGUUCCCGCCUUUGAGGGUGCCGACGGCACCAACCUGUUCGAGUCCGACGCCAUGACCCAGUACAUCGCCGAAAGCGGCCCUGCCGCCGCGCAGCUGUUGGGUGCUACGCCUGCGGAGCGGGCCGCUGUCCGUCAGUGGAUCUGCUACGCCCAGGGUGAGAUACUGGACCCCGUCACUCAGCUGGCCCUGUGGCGCAUGAACAUCCGGCCCUACGACGAGGCCACCGAGACAACCAACCUGCAGCGUCUGGAACGCUCACUGGCCUGCCUCGAGACCCACCUCAAGGGUCGCACCUGGUUUGUGAACAACGACAAGCUCAGCCUGGCUGAUAUCACCGUGGCCUCUGCUCUUGUGUGGGGAUUCUCCAUGGUGAUCGACGCGGAGAUGCGUCAGAAGUACCCGACUGUCAUUGCUUGGUACGAGCGUACCAUUGAGGCCGAUGGUGUCAAGGAGGCCUUUGGUGAGAAGAAGUUUGUGGAGAAGCGCCAGGCCUACCAGGGUUGA